CCUGUAUAUACGCUCCUGUUGCUUCCAUUCCUUUAGCUAAUUCUUAGAUCGAACAAGACCUUUUCCUUCCAUUUGCUCCUCUUCCCGUUGCUCGUGAGAUAGCUCCUCGCGCGAGCUCUCGCACCAUACGUAGCUCCCUCGAUCUACGUAAUAAUAAUAUAUUUGCGGGCAAUUCCUUUGCUCCUUUCGUAUCCCCAUUCAGAGUCCCCCAGGCGAGCGAUCUCGUUACCUUCGUUUAGUUAUAUGUCUAUAAGAAGCUAUGGCACUUCACGACCUCUCGGUCUACACCAACCCAAUACGCCAUUGGCUACAGACUUGCGAUGAAAAGCAUGGCAGCACUUGUGUGCCUCCUGAAAUCUCAGCACGAUCCCCUGAUGAUGUUCCCGACUGGCUUAUCGACACAGCUCAACGAUGCAUUGUGAGGGGGACAGAUGCACGCCGAUACGUUGCCCUAAGUUACGUCUGGCCGGGACGCAGCAACACGCAGGGGCAAUUACUACUGAAUCGCGAUAAGCUGGGCCCCUUCCAAUUACCAGGCUUUCUACACAAUCACGAGGCGUUGCCCGAGGUUAUUAAAGAUGCCAUGCAGCUUGUCGAACACAUAGGAGAGCGUUAUCUAUGGGUUGAUCGCUUUUGCAUUUUGCAGGACGAUCCGAGGAUCCAAGUCAAAGUCCAGCGAAUGGACAGAAUCUACUCCGGGGCCUACUUGACGAUCAUUGCUGCCGCAGCUCCGGGUCUUUUCAGUGAUAAAAGGCGGAAGGACCCGAAUCGUGGCCCUCACAACGAAUUAUCGUUAAUUGAUAUGCCGAAUAGGAUAAAAGAAGAGGAGGUCAUGAUGAAAGAUCAUUAUGACGGUCUGUCUUGGUCCUACUGGUCAACUCGAGGUUGGACAUACCAAGAACAAAUUCUGUGCAGGAGGGCCGUCUUCUUCCUUAGAACUGAGAUAUUCUGGGACUGUCAACUCAAGAUAUGGGAUGAAGGUACCCUAAGCCCAAGUCAGGACGAAAUUACAAUAAGCCCACCUUGGGCAACGGGCAAACGAUUGGCAUUGUUACGGGAACCAGACUUCAGCAUCUACUGUGACUUAGUCUGUCCUUACAACGAACGCAACUUUUCAUAUCCACAGGACGCAUUGUUGGCCUUUUCAGGAAUUCUUAACACUCUAUGUCAAACGUUCCCUGGUGGGUUUGUUUACGGCAUCCCUCGAUUGUUCCUGGACCACGUUCUAUUGUGGCAGCCAUUUACCAAGGCAGCUCGGAGAAUUGACCGGAAGGAUGGUUCACAUGAUAGUUCCCCAAGUUCGAGCCUUCCAUCGUGGUCCUGGUGUGGGUGGAAAUGCCCCGUGGAUCCGUAUAGCAUGCGAAGUGGUUUCGCAUACCUUGAUCGUGACCAUUGCCGGGAACGAGCAGCUUCUUGGCAAACUCGAAACCUGAUCCAGUGGAAUACAACAAAUGGUAAUGCGGGAGAUGCCCUGUCAAUAGUGGAACCUGUACAGUUGGAAAGACAGUUACCGUCCCUGUCACCUGGGAGCGCCGUUUCGUCAUUGCGCUUAGAACUCGAUAAUAUCAGCUCGUUGACUGGUGCUACAUCCCGAGCAUUUUUCCACCCGGGAGCCCUGUUCGUAGCAUUUGAUAAGAUCAAGGGGUAUAUGCAUGCAAGGGUGAAGAUGUCAGUUUUUGAGAAUGGAAAAUUCAGUUACGGACCCAACUACACCGAAAUGCCUUCUGUGUUGAUACUACAAGAUGAGCGGUGUAACCCUGCGGGGCAUCUUCGACUGAUGAACGACGAACCCAUUGAUUUCAACAACAGCCUUGAACUCAUAGCGAUAUCCACAGGCAGCGCAAAUCAUAGCGACUUUUACUCGUGCUUCGAGGAACUCGUGUACCGUGAAAAUAAGGUCAUUUCAGCUAAUAGGAAGACUGAAAUGUUCUUCAAGGUGGCGAAAACCCAAGGGGACUUUGCGCUCCCUGAGCGUUGGAAGCGCAUGAUGUUUGCGGAAGAUGCUGAAAAGAGAUGUCACUUCUACAAUGUGCUCUGGAUAGAGCGUAAGGACAGGAUCGCUUUUAGAAGAGCGUGUGGCCGUGUGCCACGAGACAUCUGGGAAGCCAAUGCAUCGGGACCAACUCACGUCGUUCUAGGUUAAUAAUGUACUUAGCUGUCACUUGUCCUGGGGAUUUGGACCAAGGAUUUUCUGCUUGCUUGCUUAAGGAACUCAACUGUACAUACCUACAAUUUCCGAGUAGUGUUUUGACUGAGAUGGGGCUUUAUUCAUCCGCCUUUCCUUCUAGUUCAGCAAC